UCGCUCAUCUUGCCCUUGCCCGCCAUGCCUAUUCCUCAGCCCCGGCGGCUUGCGCUGGUGCUAGGUUCGGCACUACUGCUCCGACUCGGCCUCUUCGCCUUUACUGGAGUAUCCACUGCUCUUGAACGCCGACCCGAGCUCACUUCACCCUUGACAUCGUUUCGCAGUCUGAGCGAGGGGGUGUUUCUGAGAGAUACGGGUUUUGACCCAUAUGCGGGCGGCGUAUUCCACCACUCGCCAUUGUACCUCCUCUUCUUCUCUUACAUCAUCCCCGUCUACUCGAGGGCCUUGACAGCAGUCUUGUGGUCGUUGGCCGACGUGCUGGGAGGUAUUCUCCUCGUCCGGGUAUGGCAAGCUCGCUCUGCCGCCUCGACAAGCAAGACGACACCUGCCGACACGAGCCGCGACUACCUCGUUGCCCUUCUGUACUUGUUCAACCCCUAUACUCUGCUCUCCUGUUUGGCGAGGUCAACAACUAGCCUGGACAACGUCCUUACGCUGGCGGCCAUUUCUGGAGCUUUCACUGGGCAGAACUUGUUAUCAGUGGUAGCGCUCGCUGUGGCUGCACAGACGUCCUGGUAUCCGCUUUUCCUUCUGCCGGCUGUCAUCCUCGUUCAACAGAGGUAUUCCGGUCCCUCGGGGACCAGCUGGAUUGUCGACACGGCGGCAUUCCUGUCCUUCUUUGGAAGUCUCACCCUCUUCUCGGUCAAUGUGCUGGGCACGAGCUGGAUAACCCGCACGUGGGGGCUGGUCCUCACAGCAUCUGAUCUGACGCCAAACGUCGGCAUGUGGUGGUACUUCUUCACCGAGAUCUUUGACCACUUCCGGCUCUUCUUUCAAGGAGUCUUCCAGUUUCAUCUGGCGAUUUACGUCGCCCCGCUCUGUCUCCGUCUCGACGAUCCGGCGUUCAUCCUGCUUAUCCAGCUCGGAGCGAUCUCCACAUGGAAGAGUUACCCCACACUCGGUGACAUGGCGCUGUGGGCCGGAUUCCUCGGGUGCUUCCCCGAGAUCAUCGCCAAUCUGCAGCACCCUCUCCUGUCGUUGACGGUCCACCUCUACACCAGCAUUCUCCUCCCGCUGCUGCAUUCCUUGUGGCUUCUGACGGGGACUGGAAACGCAAACUUCUUCUACGCCGCGACCAUGGUCUAUGGCUUGAACUCGACGCUGACCAUUGCCGACGUGCUCGGAGCUGGCAUUGUGCACAAUGUCAAGAGCAAGCUCAAGGGCCUCCUCACAACCACCGAUGGGACGAGCACGAGCGACGGCGAGGACGCCGGAGACUGGUCGAUCGUACAGCUGGCCAGCCUCGAUGGAUAGUCAAGCAAUAUACAAUAAAUCACAUAGAGUUGACUACUAAGGUCGUCUAAAAAUGCAAGAGAGCCCCAAUGAGCAAUGACAGGAAUGCGAGACAGAGUCCAUCAUGACGACUCCGGGAAUGGGCGGACGAGACGACUGGGGUUGUUGAAAUGAAUGAGGAGCCGCAUUUACCGUUGAUGGUGGCGACGGCCGAGGCGACGAUGGUGCUGUUCAAGGAGGUGGUGUUGGCGGUCCAGGCGGCAAAGUGAUUCAUGAGGAGGCCAGAACAGGGAGAACAAGUAGGAGUGGAAGUAGUCGGGAUUCUAUUUCCUGAAGGCAGCAUCCAGAGGUACAUGUCGUCUGGCUUCACGUUGGCCAGAGCUUCGAGGUAACAGUAGACACCAGUGUUUGGAUUGACGAGACCCGACGCCGUACGCAUCACGGCGUAGUUGCCGAUUCCGCUCUGAGCCUGCUUGGCCACAGCCAGACCACCGCCUAGAUCACCGCCGCAGUUUGCCUUGUCGGCAAACGCGGUCAGGAUCGAUUUGAAUGUUUGGUCACAGCUAGCAGGUGAUGGCUGGGGCGAAUUGGUAUAGGCGAUGAGCUCGUUGAGAAAGGUCCAGUUGCCGGACCGUGUAGCGGCCGACACUUGAUUCUUGUACGCCGACGAAGUGGACAAGAGAAGAGAGAAAGGAAGGCACGUCAUGAACUUGGAUGACGGGGCGAUCAAAGUGCCGACAUAUUGAAGGCACGAUUGGGACAAGGAGUAAGAGAGUGCGUCCAGGGGGGUUGGAACUGGCUGGGGUGCCGAGGUCGGAAUAGGGGUUGGUGGUUGUGGAGGAGGAAUGUCUGCACGCGUCGCCGUUGAUGACGAGGUCGGCGCCGACGAGCUGACUACUGCUGACCCAGAGUCUGGAGAGCCGCCAUCACCUGAAGCCGAUGAUGAUGGCGAGAAUGUGAUGAUGCCCUUCUCGGUGGACGUUGAAGGCUCGACUGAACCAGUCGCCGAGGUCUCAACAUCCAAUGAAGCGCCGGAUCCCUGGCGUGGUCGGUGACGGGGGAUGGGCGAUGGCGCCAGUCGCUCAGGCGGAAGACCGCGAGGGCGAGAGUGUGAGUGGUGAUGCCGCUCCGUUGCCGAUCCGACACUGGCGACGAUGAAAGCUAGUCCCCAUAGCGACAGGCGCAUGGCUGCCGUCGGCCAGGCGACGUCGAUGGAGGGGAAGGUGGUGGUGACGACUAAACGAGAUUAGAAUGCCAAGUAAGGCAACACGGCUCUAGUUGGGAGAGCGUGAUGCGACCGAGUGAUAGAGGUGUGUACUGGGAGGUGUGUGUAGAAAGAGAUGAACAAUAAGGAUAAACGAUAAAAACGAACAAAGCUCAAAG